GGAGAUUUCACUAUUUGCUGCCUAAACCCAAAGAACAAUCUGACACUGAGGUUGUAAAACAAAAAAACAUGAAGCCUCGUCGCUCCAGCUGCACUGACUCAGGAUCUGAGUCCUCAGAACUGGACUCCAAGAGCCCAGAGAAAUACGAGCCUGCCACACGGCGAAGGAUGGCCGCCAAUGCCAGAGAGCGGAAAAGGAUGCAGGGCUUGAACACGGCUUUCGACCGAUUACGAAAGGUGGUCCCUCAAUGGGGUCAGGACAAGAAAUUGUCCAAGUACGAAACCCUGCAGAUGGCUCUCAGCUACAUCAUGGCCCUCAACCGGAUCCUGAUGGAUGCCAAGCGACACAAUGCCACUCACAGGCAGUGGCGGGACUUGCAGUUUGACUGCGUGCAGGCUGACAACCACCAGUACCUGAUGGGGUACGACUCCGCGGGGGAGGACUAUAUCACCUCUUUCUCCUACCAGCUUGACGGCCAUCAGCUGCACACUUGAAAAAAAGAAACAAAGCCGCUGUUUCGCGUGUAGAACAGUCAUGUUGCAAGUUGCAACGUGAACCAUUCUUUCUCCGCUUGAGGAGACGGU